ACCAUCUCCUUGCACUCCUGGGAUAUUCAGGGCCCUCUCAGCUUGACUGUGACUCUCCUCAUCUUUCUCCUCAGUAUUCAUGAAGGCCUCCAUGUCUCGCCAGGCUUACAGCACCAAAGGGGGCUUCAGCUCCUCCUCAGCCUCUGGUGGCCAUGGUAUGGGUGGUACUCAGACCCACACCAGCUUCAGCUCCAUGACAAUGUCCAGAGGUGGGAGCAGGCUUGGGGGUGCUGCCUAUUGCAGCCCAAGGGGCAGCUUUGGUAGCCACAGCCACCACAAUCUGGGUGCUAAUACAAGAAUCUCUGUCAGUAUGGCUCAGGGUGCAUCCCAUGGGAGGUCCUUUGGGGGCUUUGGUGUUGGGGCUGGAAGCUAUUUAGGCCUGGGCUCCAGCAGGCCAAACUUUGGGGCCUCCUGCCCCCCUGGAGGCAUCCAAGAGGUGACUGUCAACCAAAGCCUGCUGACCCCCCUCAAUGUGGAGAUUGACCCUGAGAUCCAGAGGGUGAGGACUCAGGAGCGGGAGCAGAUCAAGACCCUCAACAAUAAGUUUGCCUCCUUCAUCGACAAGGUACGGUUUCUGGAGCAGCAGAACAAGGUGUUGGAGACCAAGUGGGCUCUGCUUCAGGAGCAAAGUCAGAACACAGUGGCCACUAAGGAUUUAGAGCCAUAUUUUGAGACCUACAUAUGCAACCUUCGGAGGCAGCUGGAUGCUCUCCAGAAUGAGGCAGGAAGGCUGGAUUUGGAGUUGAAUAACAUACACGACCAUGUGGACAACCAAAAGCACAGCUAUGAGGAAGAAUUCAACAAACGAACAGUAGCAGAGAAUGAGUUUGUCACCCUCAAGAAGGAUGUUGAUGCUGAAUACAUGAACUGUGCAAAUCUUGAGGCCAUCUCCAAAUCCAUGUUGGAGGAGUUCAAUUUCCUUCAGAAUCUCUUUGCAAUGGAGCGGAGCCAGUUCCAGACUCAUGUUUCUGAUACCAAUGUUGUCCUGUCCAUGGAUAACAACAGAUGCCUGGACUUGGACAGCAUCAUUGCGGAGGUCAAAACUCAGUAUGAGGAGAUUGCCAAGAGGAGCAGAGCAGAGGCAGAGUCAUGGUACCAGACCAAGUAUGAGGAGCUUCAGGUGACAGCUGGGAAGCAUGAGGACCAUCUUCGGGACACCAAGAAAGAGAUCUCUGAGCUCACCCGCACUGUGCAGAGACUUCAGGGGGAGAUUGACUCAGUAAAGAAGCAGUGCCAGCAGCUGCAGACAGCCAUUGCUGAUGCAGAGCAGUGUGGGGAGUUGGCUAUCAAGGAUGCCAAGAAGAAGUUGGGAGACAUGGAAACAGCUCUGCACCACACCAAGGAGGAGCUGGCCAAGCUGCUGCGGGACUACCAGGAGCUCAUGAAUGUCAAAUUGGCCUUGGACAUGGAGAUUGCAACCUACAAGAAGCUUUUGGAGUGUGAGGAGAGCAGAAUGUCUGGAGAGUGUCCAAGUGCUAUCAGCAUUUCUGUGAUGGGCAACUCUACCAGCAUGUGCGGUGGGAACAUUCGAGGAGUUGGCAGUAGCAGGGCUGGGGUUUCCCUGGGUAGCAGUUGUGGAGGAAUGAAGGGUAGCUAUGGGUCUUCCUGCAGUUAUGCUAAGCCAGGGCCAAACACUGGGGGUACCUCCAUCCUGAAGAAGACCACAAGUACCACUGUCAAGUCUUCUACUCGGAGGUAUUAACUCUCCUGUGACAUGUCAGAAUGGUGCCAAUCAUUCUGUUUCCUAACAAGGUUUCCUUUCCCAUCUCCCAGCCUAUGCUGACCUACCCUCAUAGCAACCCACCCACACCUUUACAGAACUCACCAAUCAGGAGCCCAAUAUAAGCUAGGAAAAUCUCAUUGAGCUUUGUUUUCACAUUGUAUUAUGUGGAUAUCAUUUGCAUAUCACAUUGGCUUUCUAGAGUGGAAAGAGUCAUUGAGGUCAUCAGAUAGGAUAAGAAAGUUGUAUUGACUUGCCUGGUAUAGUGGAAAAACCAUGGGAUUUGGAUUCAGAAGACUUGGGUCUGAAUCUUGGUUUUGUUGUGUGACCUUGGGCUGGAUGCUCAAAUCUCUCUGAGCUUCCUCAGUUUCCUAUUCUGUAAAAUGCCAGGGUUAGAUCAGAUCUUCCUGGAGAUCUCUUCUAGUCCUAGAUUCUAUGAUUAGCUGGGGAUUAACUGCUGCUGAAUUGCCAAAGUAGCCUCAGUUUCCCCCCAGUCUCCCUCGCCGUGUGUUGAGUCAGCAUACUUUUGCUUCACAUCUUGGUGGAGUACAUAGUCUGAUAUCAGGUGUAAGGGGGGAGCAUCUUGCCCUUUUCUUUCCCCACUCCAAACCAAACCAAAGCUGAAUGUCUCCCAGAUCCUUUCUCUAAUUUUUCUUCCCUUUCCUCUUUAUAUUGCCUAUGAUGUAUCUCAAUAAAGAACAGC